AUGGACGUGGAUCCAGAUAAGACAUCAGCUCGUUCCCUAAAGGUCGUGCUAAAGGAAAUUCCCGGGGCUGUGGAAGAGACCAUAGACUCAACAGGAGGUGGAGUCGCGGGUAGCGCGCCGGUCUACAUCGUUACUUGGCGGAAAGUUCCCAUGAGUCUUUGCCAGCGUCCCCCUCCUUUUCUGGGGGCAAGAGCAAAUAAAGAGCUCGAGCUUCUGUGGUCUCUGGGGAGAUGUUCCCGGGAAGCCUGGCUAGAGGGCGGAGGGCAGCUGUUGAGAUGGCGUGGCUCCCCGGCUCCUGGGCCCGCGUGGCUUUCGCGGCGGGCGCUGCGGCCCUGUGUUGGAUAUCCUGGCAGGGCAGCGCGGGGCCGAAUCCGGCUGCCGUGGCUGAGGCUCGUGGAUCACUCUUUUGUGGUAGGGCCAAAUCUGCCAGAGCCUGGAGCCUGCGAAGGCCGGGACCCGGUUCCCCGGCCCGCCGUGGGGAGUUUGCAAACCCGAGAGAACUGGAUUGCGUACCCACUGCAGAGUGCUGAAGACGGGGUAGCCACGAGGUUGCAAAUUCGUGAAGAAUCAGCAGCAUGUUUGGCAGCUGAGUAUUGGAGCCAGGAGCCUGCCAUGAGGUUUUGAGAACAACAGAGUGCCGUUUUAGAGCUGGCAGCAGCAUCUCAGCCCAAGAGAAGGUUAUAUUCCCAGAGGAUGUCAGUCCCAAGGACAAGUAGCUGCCAUCAGUUUGGAUUCUGAAAACUAACCAGCGUCAACAUUGGGUGUAGAAACAUGCUUGCCUUGUGUAUCAGAGGACAUGCUCAGCAGAUCCAAGAUAUAUUUGGCAACUUUUUCUAGAAAAGGCACAUUGGGUAUCAUUCAUUACAUUCUUGAGUUUUUUUGGGGUUUUUUUUUUUUUUUUUUUUUUUUUUCUGAGACAGUCUUGCUGUAUUCCCCAGGCUGGAGUGUGGUGGCACAAUCACAGCUCAUUGCAGCCUCAAUCACCCAGGCCUAAGCAAUCCUCCCGCCUUGUAGCUGGGACUACAGCUCACAGCACACCUGGCUAAAAUUUUUUGUUGUUGUUGAGACGGAUUCACUAUGUUGCCCAGGCUGGUCUCAAGCCCCUGGGCUCAGAUGGUCCUCCUGCCUCAGCUUCCAAAGGCACAGGCCAAGUUGUAGCUUUGUCCCUUGCCAUCCUGCCCAACAAGAGGUUCUGUACCUUUUAAUGAAUUGACUUUCAUAAAUUGGUUAUGUUGGUGGGCAAGUUCUUUAAGCUGGAAAUUGUAAAUUCCUCCUGAAAUGUUUUUUCAUGCAGUUACCAUGAACUAAUACUACAAUAAAGGAUGGUCUUGGGUGUCAA